AUGGGCCCAAUUCAACCUGCCCCGGCUGCGAAACUCGAGAACUACGAUGUCAAGAACCGCGUCACGAGAUCCUCUUCGCGAGUAUCGAAACCAGCGAACGAACCAAGUCUGAGCAGCAGUGGGGUAAAGGAUCGCAUUGAGGCGAUUGAGACAGUGAACAGACCCAACAUGAGCUCGAAACACGCUCGCAAAGCAUCAGAGCCAAGGGCCCCACGAAGAGACAUCAUCGCAUGCUUCGAGGAAGCGCUAUCUGAACGAGAGAAGGAAUUGGAAGAACAGCAAGCUGAGAACAAGAAAUUGGAGCGCAGGAACAUCAGACUGCGAACCUCCUACAAAGAGCAAGCUAUCGUCAUCGCGGGACUCGAAUCAGACAAGAAAGACAUGGAGGAUACCAUCAACACUGCGAUAAAGAGUCAUCUCGAUCCCUACGCGAAGAAGCACGGUACUCUCCCUGAUGGAUGGAAAAAUGAUACUUUCCUCGCUGCCAUCGCCUCUUUAUUUGAAGACGCUGAAGCCACCAACUCCCAAGCCAUCGAAGUCAAGUCCUUGACACAACAGUACCAAGCACUUCAGGAAGAGAUGUGCAAAAAGGUUGAGGAAACUGCAGAGGCCGCCGAUUCCAAAGCCGCUGAGAUCGCGUCUUUGACACGACAGAUCCGAACACUCCAGAAAGAGAUGCUUGCGAAGGUUGAGAAAGUCGACGUCGCCUCUGAUGAGAAAUUGGCCCAAGAGUUCCGUGUCAUCAUGUCACUUGUCAGAACAUUGAGCCGUACCAUCCGUGUUGACGAGACUAUCGAUGUCGCGGAGAUCCUCGGUCGGGGCCCUUUACAGAAGAAGGUCUCCCACCAUCACUGGAUUGGACGUGCGAGGAAGAAGCUCUUGGUGGAAGGAUGGAUCUGGUCUGUUCUCAUAUUCGUGGUCUUUCGCACACCUUUCAUGAUAUUCGGCAAGGAAUAUGAAGCACUCAGCCAGGUGUGGUGCACCAUCUUCGGCUCUGAACACUGCAAUGGUUGGCCAAACCCCACUGCACUCUCCGAGACCUGGCGCUACACAACGAUGGAGAGCAUGCUGGCGACGAUUGACCCUACUGUCAUUACACAUGGAACGACCCAGGAGGAGCCGGAUGACAUUGAGAUCGGUAUCGCUGGCGCGCGUACGAUGUGUGCCGAAGUCCUCAGGAAUGCUCUUUCAAGAGUUUCGUCUGGCGGUAACCCCUCACAGAUCGAGACCAUCGUCAACAAAGCAUUCGCGCUUGCGAUGCAAAUGUCUGUUCAGCGAGUCCGCCUCCAGAUCACCUAUCCAACCGUUGGGGACAUCUUUGACAACGAGACAAUGAACUUCCUUCCUGAUCCUGAUGGCGCUGACGUCGACCACGGAACUGUGGCCUUCACUGUCAACCCUGGCUUGAGCAAAUGGGGCGAUGCGCACGGUAAGAACUUGGAGCAUCGUUACGACAUUGUGCCAUCUCAGGUCCAAUUGGAAGCUCCUCUUCAAGAGGGAAUUGCGGUCCACGAACCAGUAUCGUCGCGUCUUGCGCAGCGUGGCCGUGACCAGGCUCCGGUAUCUGGAGAUACGAAUGAAGGAGACAGCCAGCGCUGA